AUGGCGCCCCAAGCUGAACAGAUGCAGAUUGUGGUGGCCAGCUCAUGCUAUUGUUUCGCCUCCGUGGGGAUGUUGUUGUUCAACAAGUUUGCGGUGCAAGACUUUCCCUUGGAGUGUUGCUUGGUAUGGGCGCAACUCUUUUUCGCAGCUUCUUGCUUGAGCCUCUUCGCCUUCCCCUACAUCCACGUUGGCUCCGCGCGCGACCUGUUCCGCUGGUGUAUGGUGGUGCCCUUCUAUUGCGGCAUGCUGUUGACCUCCAUUCUGGCUCUCAAGACGGCUCCCAUGUCGCUGGUCAUCGUGCUGCGCAACACCUCUCCUUUGGGCACGCUGCUGAUCGAGCGCUUCUACCCUGAGCCCUUGCGCAUCAGUGGCUUCAUGCUGGGCUCCAUUUGCUUGAUGAUUGCUGGGGGGGUGAUGUAUGUGACCCAACUUCCCGCAGAAAACUGGAAGGGAAUUGGCUGGGUCUUCCUCAACAGCAUCAUUGCUGUCGUGGAUCGGCUGCUUCAACGCUUGUUGCUGUCCAAGGCCCCUCCGGAAGUUGGGGAGGAGCAAUGCCCCGUGGACAUCAGCAAGACCGGCAUCACCCUGAUCAACAACAUGGUGGGUCUGCUCCCCGUGGGCAUUGCCGCAUAUGCCAAGGGCGAGAUUGACAAGCUGCCGCUGGUCUAUGGCACCUUAAGCCACUGGGACAAGUUCUACAUUGGAAUGACCUGCAUCAUUGGACUCACCAUCAGUUACACCAGCAUUUGGGCGCAAAGUCUCAUCAGUGCCACAAGUUUCUUGGUGAUGAUCAACGCCAACAAAUUCGUGAUCAUCGGCAUCGAGGCCUUUGGUAUGCACUCCAAGGCGUUGAACCACAUCCAGGUCUUCGGUGCGUCGUUGACGAUUUUGGGCGGCGUCCUCUAUGGCAAGUCGCGGCAGUGGAUCGAACAGGAAGCCGAGGACGCGAACGCGAAAGGAAACACCAUGGGGGAUGAGGGACUCAAAGAGGUGGUCAUGGAAGAUGGCCCUGGCCCCGGGCAUUUCACCCUGCACGCCCCGAGGAGAGGAAAACCUUGCUCCCCUCGAAGUGAAACCUUGGAGCCCUUGGAUGACCAGCUGCGUCGCAGUCAGCUGCGGUGUGGAGGAAUCCUCAAAAAAGGCGGUGCUCAUGUUGGCGGUUCCAGGUAA